GUCCAAGAUUUUCUCUGUCUAGAAAAUUUCGAAAUCUUUCUUCACAAGUGCUAUUGCCCAUUGCUACGCGUAGUUGUUGAAGAGACUAGAGAGAGAAAAAGAGAGAAAAUGGCGGAAAAAAGUUAAAGGGGAAAAGAGAAAAAGAUCCCAAUAAAUCAAGCAAAAAAAAAAGGAAAAAAAGUUGCAGAAAAAAGAAACUUUCUUUGCUUCAGUCUUUUUUCUUUCUUUGCUUUGUUUUUCCCCUUUUAAUCUAAAUGGUGUUGUGGUGUUAGCCAUUCCUCAUAUUUCUCUUCUAUAUUUCCUCUUCUUUUGCCAUCUAUUUUGAUUUUUUGUUUUCCUCUCUCAUUUUUAACUUUUUUUUUUUGAAAUUCCAUAUUCAGCUGACUGUCACCUUUUAUAUUUCUCUCUCUCUAUUUUUUUUUAGUUUUUGUUAAAAAUCUCGAAAAAUAAGUGGAUCUUGCUGCUACCCAUUUCAUUUUUUCACCGACCCAUAAGCAGGGUUUCGAAAAAAAAGUGACCUUUUUUUUUGGCCCCCUUGUACCCCAUUUCUGGAUUCACAUUUGAGUUUCUGGGUUUGGGAUUUUUGGUGAUGAAUUUGAGGUUCAUAUUUGCGUGAUCCAUAUUUAGGGUUUGGGUUUUUGAUGAUUUGGUAUAUUGAGGAGGGUUUAAGCCAUUUUUUUUGUUUUUGGGUUUUUUCUGGGUUCAAUUAGAUUGAAUCCUAUUUAGUGUUUCUGAGUUUUGAAGGAACUGUGUAGUGGUCCAGUUACUUCAAAGAGUCCUUGGGCAACUUCACCAGCUUUCUUCAUUCAGUCAUUUGAUGACAUAUAUCAACAAUAUUUGAGGCAUUUUCACACAUUGGAUUUGACAUUUCAGUAUUUUUAAGCUGAGGAUAUGAGUAUGACAAGUGAAAGCGAUGACAGGAUGACAUCACAAGAUGGGAUGGAUUCGCCAUCUGUCGAAGAAGCUUGUGGUGGAGGAAAUACUGGAGGAGGUCUACCACUAAAAAAAGGCCCCUGGACUUCUGCAGAAGAUGCAAUUUUAGUGGAGUACGUCACGAAACACGGUGAGGGGAACUGGAAUGCUGUCCAAAAGCACUCAGGACUUGCUCGGUGUGGUAAAAGUUGCCGUUUGCGGUGGGCCAAUCACCUGAGACCAGAUCUAAAGAAAGGUGCAUUCACUCCUGAGGAAGAGCGGCGCAUAAUUGAACUGCAUGCUAAGAUGGGGAACAAAUGGGCACGAAUGGCUGCUGAGUUGCCUGGGCGCACAGAUAAUGAGAUAAAGAACUACUGGAAUACCAGAAUAAAGAGAUGUCAGCGUGCAGGCUUGCCAAUUUACCCUCCAGAUAUUUGUUUUCAAUCGAUUAGCGAAAACAAACAAAAUGAGGAGUUGGGUACAGUUUCCUCUGUAGAUACACAAUAUCCCGAUUUCUUGCCAAUGAACAAUUAUGAGAUUCCAGCAGUGGAAUUCAAAAGGUUGGAGUUCAAUCAGCAGUUGUGUCCACCAGCACUUCUUGAUAUUCCCACUGGUGGUAUACUUGAUAUUCCUGGAAGAAGCCUGUUGGCACAGGGUCUUAAUUCUGCUUAUUACAGUCGAUCAUUCCUCUCAACAGUGCAUCCAGCCAAGCGUAUACGAGGCUCAGAAUCUCUGUUCUCUGGUUUAAAUGGUGAUUGUUCUCCAUCAAAAAAUGACGGUUCUUUUCCAACCUGCCAUCAAUAUCAGGAUCGUGGUUCUUUGCUUGCUCAGCCCAUGGGAUUUUCAUCUUCAUUUAAUCAAAAUUUAAUAUCUGAUCAUCACCCCUCAUCCUUGGGUGUAAUUCCUGGCAGCCAUGCCUUUUUAAAUGGCAACACCUCUUCUUCAGAGCCCUCAUGGGCAAAGAAGCUCGAGCUCCCUUCACUCCAAAGUCCGAUGACAAGCUGGGGCUUACUCUCUUCCCCUCUUCCUUCACUACAGUCUGUCGACACUUCAAUUCAGUCCCCUCCAACUAAGCAUACUGAAUCAUGCAAUCUGUCACCUAGGAACAGCGGUCUGUUGGACGCUGUACUUUAUGAAUCACAAACUAUGAGAGCUUCAAAGAGUAUCUUGCACCAGGAGAAUUCUGGUGAUGUGAUUGAUAAUUUAUGUCCUGAUCUCAUUGAGACUGAACGGGAAACAUAUGGUGAUCCAAUCUCUCCUUUAGGUUAUUCUGCUGCAUCGGUGUUUAGUGAAUACACCCCUACUAGUGGAAGCUCAUCAGAGGAGCCCCAAUUAGUGACAAUGCCAGCUUGCAAGGUUAAGCAGGAGAAGUUUGAUUUCGGACCCUAUGAUGGGAAGGACGACCCUUCAAACCUGAUCAUUUCCAGGCCAGACUACUUACUUGAAUCCAAUUGUUUUGGUUAUAUGCAAAACACUGUAAGACCCAUCUGGCACUGAAAUAUGGCUCUGAACUUUUUGAUGAUUAUACUCUGUUAGCCACAUUAUCAGGUCAAGGCUGUGGACAUAUGGUUAUUGUGCACGGGAUGCCAAGUCUAUCAUCUAGUCAAUAAGCUCAACAAGAUUAUGGUACUUUUAACGACUUGCAAACAUUUUUGUGAUGCAAACUUUGAUUGUUGUGUCAGCUAUUAAACGACUAUAGAAGACUGUAAUAUUUUUUUUUUAUGUUAGAUUGUCUUUAGAUAUUGAAACACAAAAUACUGCUUGUAUGCGGCUUUAAAUUGCCCGCCUUUCAAUUCCAUUGUGUUUGACCACGAAUGCAACACAUCUCCUUUGUGCUGGGAGAGAAGUGA